CCCUCGGGCUGGUGCUGGGGGCGAAGGAUCGCCGAGUCGAAUCGUUUGCGGCCAUGGUAUGAUUUGCGCGGCCAGAUGGCAGUUGGCACAGAGGUGUUGCUACAAAGGCAGAGCGCAGGAGGUGGGCUCCCCGAGUCGCAUGCGAUGGGUGGCCUUGGGCGUCCUGAGCCUCGACAUUUGCAUCAGCUACGUUCCGCAGUACACCUUUGUUCCCAUCUUGCGGCAGAGCAUGUCCGCGCUGCGAGUGGACGAGCCGGCCAUGAACAUCCUUUGCAUCCUCUAUGCGCUGGUCUACGUGCCCGGGGCCUUCGUCACCGGGCCGCUGGUCUCGCUGCUGGGCUGCCGCUGGACUUUCGUGGUGGCCACGGGGCUGGUCGCCGCAGGAUGCGGCGUGCGGUGCGCUGCGUGGAGCACGGAGGUGCCGCAGAGUUUGACCGACGGGUCAGACUGGCCGCCUAACUGGGGGCCUGCGUGGUUCGGCAACACUGCGUUCGUGCUUUUGCUCGCCGGGCAGGGCCUUUGUGCGCUAGGCCAGCCGCUGCUGGUGAACUGCACCUCGGAGAUGGGCUCGGACUGGUUCAUGCCCAGCGAGCGUCCGGCCGCGGCGAUGAUCUCAAACUUGAUGAACUUCGUGGGUGGGUCGCUGUCCUUCGUGCUGCCACCGCUCUUCGUGGACGACAACCCCACGGACUACACGGUUAUGCACGGCCAGAUUGCGUCACUCCUCAGCUUCCAGUUCCAUUCGGCGAUGCUGGCGCUGGUGCUCACCCUGGUGCUGUACCAGCCCCGGCCCUCGGCCAAGGUUGGCGAUCGGCAAUCCAUGAGCUUCGUGGCAGAGGUCCGGAGCAUCGUCAAGUCAAAGGACUUCUGGAUCGUGAACUUCCAGUUCAACAUCUUCAUCGCGCUGUGCCACGCCUUUGAUGCGGUGGAGGGCUCGCUGCUGGAGAACUACGGCUUUAACGCUUCGCUGACCUCUUGGACGGCGAUCUCUUGUGGCGUCACAUCCAUCCUGAGCACCAUUGUGGAAGCGCGAUGCAUCACUUCGGCGAGGUUCUACAAGGUUGCCCUAGUCAUCUCGAACCUCUUCAUGGCCACAUCGCUGCUGGCUGGCUACGCGUGUUUGCACUACCAGAUGUCGCCCAACGUCUUCGUGUUUGCAGUGGGCAUCAUGGGUCUUGCCACGCCAGGCUGGGGCUGCUCUGCGGAACUGGGCGCUGAGGUCUGCUUUCCUGCAAGGGAGGCCACCGUGAACGGCCUUCUGGAGGCCUUCAGCAACACCGCGGGGGUGGUGGCCAUCGUCUGGGCGCAGGAGGGCAUCGACGCCCACCUGGGUGCGGCAGUGCUUGCAGUUAUGGCCGGCGCUGCUUUCCUUGGUGCUUCGGUGCUCUACUUCCUGACAGGCCGGCUCCGCCGCAGCGAGGCCGAGGACAGCCCCAAGACCUCCGAGGCGGGGGCGGAAGACCAGGAGUCGAAGCUCCCAAAGCAGGAAGCGGAUCGUCUCGUGCGAAAGGGCAGAGUCAUGUUCCUCCUUUGGGCCAUUCUGCUGAACUUUGUGAGCGUGCUGCUCACUGCCACGACCGCGCAGUUCAUCCUGCCGGCUCUCCUUACCGAGCCUCUGCCGAUGCCAGCGCCGAAGAAGGAGAAGGACGCCAAGGGCCGAGCGAAGCUGAAGAAUGGACUUAAGGAGCCCAGGACGUGGGCGUUGAUUUGCGAGAAGCGGACGAGCCUCAACGCCAAGCAGGUCAUCAGCACUUUCGCAAAUACCAGCUUCGCCAUCUUCCCGUGCCUCAGGGACAAACCAGAUCUGCUCGCGGCGAUGAACGGACUGCUGCCAAAGUCUGCGCAGGACGUCUACGCGCGCUCAGCCGCGGCCAGACCCGAGCUGGCGAGAGCCGCGUCGCACAUGAAGCUGUGGAGGCUGAUGGUGUCGCGGAACAUUCCCAGCGCCAGUGUCCUGGAGGACACAGAGCUCCCUUGCCCCCGCUUCCGCUUUAGGCGGAACGAGCUGUUGGGUAAGCUCCCCUUGAAGACGGACUUCGUGGCGUUCAACCCGCGGCAAGAGGUGGGGGCGCUGGACACAAAGAUGACCAGCGCCAUGCGAAAGCGGGAUGCCCCCGAGAAGUUCAAUGCCACGGUCUUCCGGCUGAAGCCCGGCCGAGGGAUACCGGAGGCUUUGAACAACUACUACGUCACUCUGCGCUGGGCCAAGAAGAUGCUACGACUGGGCUACGGCUUCGAUGCGAGCCACGGCAGCUUCAGCGAGCACAUCUUCGCUGGCCUGUAUCGUAGCCCUCAAGCGCGCGGCUUCCGGGGCUACGCGCUCAAACCCGCGGCUCUGGCGAAGGAGGGCGAAGGACAACCACCUUCCUGCUGAUGGGAACGAGACGCAGGCAGCCGGCUGGGAUCGAUCCCGGCCGACGGGCCGCUUGUUCUGGCGCCGG